ACAAUCUUGGAAGGGCGGGGAAGAGGUUUCUUUUCGUUAUAAGCCACAGAGCUUUGAAGUUACAGUACGCUGGAGCUGAUCUUCCACUGAAAUCCUAACCCUAGCUGAAACCUAUUUACUUGGUUCUCUAUUGUUCUAUUGGUCUUAGCUCGCCGGCCAUGGAUAGAUACCAGAGAGUGGAGAAGCCGAGGCCGGAGUCGGCUAUAAGCGAGAAUGAGAUCAGAAUUACAUCUCAGGGCAUGAUUCGAAAUUAUAUCAGCUAUGCAACUAGUCUCUUCCAGGAUAAGCACGCCAGAGAAAUUGUCUUAAAGGCAAUGGGACAAGCUAUCAACAAGGCUGUAGCUGUUGUCGAGAUCAUGAAGAAACGAAUUCCCGGAUUGUAUCAAGAUACUUCUAUCAGUUCAAGCAGCAUUACUGAUGUUUGGGAACCUAUUGAAGAGGGUCUUGUACCUUUGGAGACGACAAGGCAUGUUUCCAUGAUUACAAUAACUCUCUCCACAAGGGAUCUAAACGUCAACUCAUCUGGGUAUCAAGUUGCAUCAAAUGUAGGGCAUCCAAGGCAACAACCGAGGCAUCAACCCCGACAGCAGCAAAUGGGGCAAACUUAUCAUCAGCCUAGACAGGCACAAAAUCCCUAUAAUGAUGAUUACUCGUAUGGUCGAGGACAAGGUCGAGGUAGAGGAAGAGGAAGGGGUUUUGGAAGAGGUGGAUAUGAUGGGUAUGGUGGCUACAGAAACUAUCAAGAUGAGAACUGGAAUUGGGGCCAAGGUGGUGGGCGUGGAAGAGGUUGGAAUUACCAUGGAGCAGGCUAUGAAAGAGGCAGAGGCGUGCGAGGCUACGGUGGCAGAGGCUAUGGCCGUGCCCGGGGAAGGACAGGCGGCCGUGGAAGAGGGUACAUGGCCGAGUAAGCGGAGGAAUUACCGGUAUGCCCUCGCACUCUCAAAUGCAUGCUUGAUAUUUAUUAAAAGAAGAAUCCAAGGAUUUAGUGUUCAUAAGAUUGCCUUGGUAUGUGUAAGUGCCUAUAUUUAUAGCUUUCAUUGUGAAUCCUUGGUGAGCUUGUUCUUAGUUUUCAUGUUUCCAGUUACUGCUCAAAUUUACCUGUAAGGCUUGCAGUGUUCAUUCUUACUAGUUUGAAUCAUCCAUCAAUUAUUGUAUCUAUGUAUCCAAUUUUGUUCAGUGUUGUAUAUUUCUGCAUCUUCAAUUUUGGGUGACUUAAAAGCUUA